AUGUGCGCGAACAUGAGUGUACUUCAGGGAAGACAUUUAGGAAUUAUGACCCUUACGAGCAGCCCGUGUGAGCUAGACAACAUGAGCUUGUUUCAAGACUUCAAGUUGAAAAGGAGAAAGGUCGACUCUCGAUGUAGUAGCGACGACUCGCCAGUAUCAUUCGGAUCAGCAGGCUCACCAUCAGGGAUCCAGGCAUCGGACGCGCCCUCACCCAUAACAUUUCCUGCUUCAGGGGAUAGCAUAGCAGACACAUCAACAUCCCCGGAUGUGCCAACGAUGCCAGGUUCCUCAGGCUGUACAGUGGUAAAAGUAAAGAGUGAAUUCCUACGAGGUAGUCCAAGUCCAGUUGGCCGUCAACUAAGUCACCAUCCUCAAGAGAGUAGAGGAGAGACAGCAUCACCAGACUCAGUGUUCCCCGAGCCUUCCCAACGUGACAUAAUGUCGACAAGGAUAAGCGAUGAGAGUAGAUCGUUCACACCAGCGCCAACGAGUCCCGAGCACUCGGCGGUAUCAACAACCCCAGCCCACGACCAAUCAAGAAGUCGAUGUGGCAGUCCAGAGAGAUCAGAUCUAUCCUCAGGCCAAGCGAAACUAGAAUCCGACAAUUCCGUCUUCGACGGCGGUGGAGGCGAUGAAAGACGUGAUAUCACCAGUCAGCCAAGCCCAUCAUCACAGUACAACAUCAAUCAGGCACACAGUCCAAGUAGCAAUUCAUCACACAGUAGCAAUCAACAACCCCCAACACCACCAAGAUCCAGAGCACCAUCAGUACCUGCUCAUCUACUUGCCCACCAUCAGUUCUGGUCAAAUUCACAGGGUUUCGCUGCGCAGAGAUUACUCAACGGAGUAAUCAGCAGUGCCGUUGGAUACGGACAGAACAUGGGAGGCAAUGGGGGUAACGGAAGCAAUGGCAGUAAUAAUCAGGGGAAUGGUGGAAGUAUGUCCAGUGGUAGUACUGCAUCUGCUUCGCCAUCAAGUGAAGGAAUGAAGCCUCCGGCCCAACGAGCGGCGCCUUCGGCCCCCAGACCGCCUCCCACAGUGAUAAUGGGUGAGGUGGGUGGUGUCAGGACCAUGAUAUGGUCAGCACCAGCAAUGGAGCCAGUUCCCCCGCCCGCUGCAUCCUGGACGACGACAGCGUCUUCAGCCUCCUGCUCCUCGUCCGAGGAAUCAGCAGCGCAACUGCUGCUGAACCUCGGACAGGAGUCCAGGGGGAAGCCCCCCUGUGUCUCCUACGCGUCAGGUCCUCCCUUGAACAUGGAGAGACUCUGGGCGGGGGAUCUGAGUCAACUGCCUGCUGCUCAGCAGAUGCAGGCGCUGAAUCUUACUGCUUCGGGGUCAAGUCCAAAUCAGCCUUGGGUGAGGAAUGGUGGAGCUGUCAAGUCUGAAGCUUCCUCGCAGUCGUUACAGCCUAUAGCACCCACUCCACCCUCCAUACCACUGCAGGAGCAUGAGGAGGACGAGACACCCAUGAUAUGCAUGAUCUGUGAGGACAAGGCCACUGGACUUCAUUAUGGGAUCAUCACGUGUGAAGGGUGCAAAGGCUUCUUCAAAAGGACAGUGCAAAACCGAAGGGUGUACACGUGUGUGGCUGAUGGUGUUUGUGAGAUAACGAAAGCCCAGAGGAAUAGGUGUCAGUAUUGCCGGUUUAAGAAGUGUAUAGAACAGGGUAUGGUGCUUCAGGCUGUACGGGAGGAUCGUAUGCCCGGUGGCAGGAACUCCGGGGCGGUUUACAACCUCUACAAAGUAAAAUACAAGAAGCACAAAAAGGCGAAUAAGGCGAAUGUGGGUGGUGGCAAUGCUGGGGGUGGUGUUAAUGGAUCCGGACAACUCGGGGGUAACAAGGGUACGGCUGUGGCGACGACGAUGCUGGACAAGCACAUGGCGGCGGCAGCAGCAGCGGCCGCCGCUGCUGCCCACCACAAUCAGCAACAGCACACACCAAUGGGGGGAUCAUUCCUCCAUCACCAUAAGAUCUCAGCGGAUCCUCAUAACACACAGCCCACACCCAGUCACCCCAGUCAUCCCUCCCACACCGGCCACCUCGUUAAUGGAACGAUACUCAAGACAGCACUUACGAAUCCGUCAGAGGUGGUACACUUAAGGCAGAGACUCGACAAUGCUGUCAGCAGCUCGAGAGAUCGGGCAUUUCCUCUCGAAGCAACCCUAGCAAUGAUUCAGACACUUAUAGACUGCGAUGAGUUCCAGGAUAUUGCUACGUUACGAAAUCUGGAUGAACUACUGGACCAUAAAUCAGACUUAAGCGACAAAUUAUGUCAAAUAGGUGACAGUAUAGUAUACAAGUUGGUGCAGUGGACCAAGAGGCUACCUUUCUACCUUGAAUUACCGGUUGAGGUACACACGAGGCUGCUAACACACAAAUGGCAUGAACUACUUGUCCUUACCACCUCUGCCUAUCAGGCAAUGCACAGUCAGCACAAGUUAACCAAUUCGUCAGAUGGUACUGGUGCUGAUUUUAUGCAGGAGGUAUCGAACAACAUGUGCACACUGCAGGCCUGCCUAACGAGCAUGAUGGGCAGGCCCAUUACGAUGGAGCAGUUGAGACAGGACGUCGGACCCAUGGUGGAGAAGAUAACUUACGUCACCCUCAUGUUCAGGAGAGUUAAACUGAGGAUGGAGGAGUAUGUCUGUCUCAAAGUCAUCACUAUGCUUUCACAAGCACGAGGAGGUACAAUGGAGUUAGAGCAAAUACAGGAUCGUUAUAUGAGUUGUUUACGAAGUUUUGUGGAGCACAGUGCGCCCCAGCAACCAGGUCGGUUCCACGAUCUUCUCCUGAGAUUGCCCGAAGUGCAAUCAGCAGCGACUCUUCUCCUCGAGAGCAAAAUGUUCUACGUUCCUUUCCUCCUGAACUCAGCAAUUCAAAGAUAGUAGCUAAAAUCCCCCCCCAAACCGAAUCCAAUCGACGAAAAAGCGUAAUAUGAUGGGCGAUAAACCCAUCGAUAACUGCCCCUGGGUGUCAGGCAAAGACUUUCAUGUAUAUAUAUACAUAUAUAAUAAACAAUAUAAAUGUGUUUUUCGUUGACGUGUACAAAACUAAGGAAAAAAAAACACAAAAAACUAUUGAGAAUGUGAAAAAUAAUAAUAAUGAUAACUAAAAAUAACUAAGAUGAAUAAGAUGAAGGAGAUGAGGAGAUAAAG